CGCCCUUCAACGGCGGCGCCGGCACCGCCGCCGCCCUGCAAGUGUCCUCUCGCUCGCCUGAGCUCGGAACCCGCGCGCUCCUUCGGUGAGGCCGAGCUCGCGUUCGUCAUCAGGGGUGGAAGUCCUCCUUCUAGCCGAGGACGCUAGGUUGACUGGUGAUCUCUCCGCGGAUGGCCGCUGCUUCGGCUCGCUUCUCCGCGUUCGGAGCCUGCGGCAAUCACGGCGAACGGCGGCCCUCGUGCUCGGGCUCCAGCAAGGUGGAGUCUUGGGGCUGUCGGUUUUCGCCAACUGCGGAGGUUUGCAAGAUCGCUCCUGCUUCCGGGACGACUCGCUCGAAGAAUGUUUUUAGUCAAAUCAAUUCUUUGCCUGAUGAUGAUGAUUUCUUCUAUGAGAAAGUACCAACCCCCAUGCUGGAUGUUAUUGAGAGCCCUACCAAUGUCAAGAACCUGUCUACAAAGGAACUGCGACAAUUAGCUGAUGAAAUCCGUUUAGAAUUAUCCUCAAUAUUAAGCAAAGCACAAAAACCUUUGAAAGCUAGUCUGGCAGUUGUUGAGCUGACAGUGGCAAUACAUCACGUUUUUCAUGCUCCUGCAGACAAAAUUUUGUGGGAUAUUGGGGAACAAACAUAUGCGCAUAAAAUGCUUACUGGAAGGAGAUCCCUUAUGAACACUUUGAGACAAAAGGACGGUUUGUCUGGUUUCACUUCUCGAUCUGAAAGUGAAUAUGAUCCUUUUGGUGCGGGACAUGGAUGCAGCAGCAUUUCUGCAGGGCUAGGCAUGGCAGUUGCACGGGAUAUGAAGGGAAAACGUGAACGAAUUCUGACAGUCAUAAGCAAUGGAACUACAAUGGCUGGCCAGGUCUAUGAGGCAAUGAGCAAUGCAGGUUACUUGGACUCUGAUAUGAUAGUUAUCUUGAAUGAUAGUCGUCAUUCUUUGCACCCAAAUGUUGAAGAGGGCCCGAAGACAUCUAUCAAUGCGCUCUCUAGUACUCUAAGUAAGCUCCAGUCAAGCAAAUCUUUCCGGAAGUUUAGAGAAGUUGCCAAGGGUGUUACUAAAAAAAUUGGCAGGGGCAUGCAUGAAUGGGCGGCCAAAGUUGAUGAAUUUGCUCGUGGUAUGAUGGGUCCGCCCGGUGCGACUCUCUUUGAAGAGCUUGGCUUGUACUAUAUUGGCCCUAUUGAUGGCCAUAACAUUGAGGACUUGGUUUGUGUUUUCCAAGAAGUGGUGUCACUAAAUUCGAUGGGUCCUGUACUGAUUCAUGUUGUAACCGAGGAAAAUCAAGGGAUUGAACAUAGUCAGCGGAGUGAGAUUGAUGAGAAUUUAGGCGAAGGUUCAAGCAGUUAUGAUUCGGUGGCAUCUAAUUAUCAACCCAGGACAUAUAGUGAUUGUUUUGUGGAGGCACUGGUUAGGAAGGCAGAGAGUGACAAAGAUGUUGUGAUGGUUCAUGGGGGAGUGGAGGUGGAACCAUCGCUUCAGUUGUUUCGCGAAAAGUUUCCAGACAAGUUUUUUGAUGUAGGAAUGGCUGAGCAACAUGCGGUUACAUUUUCCGCGGGUUUAUCAUGUGGUGGAUUAAAGCCAUUUUGCGUGAUCCCAUCUACAUUUCUUCAGAGAGCAUUUGAUCAGGUGGUCCAUGAUGUUGAUCGGCAAAGAAUUCCUGUCCGUUUUGUCAUUACAAGUGCAGGCUUGGUAGGAUCUAAUGGCCCUGUGCAGUGUGGGGCUUUUGAUAUAACGUUCAUGUCAUGUUUGCCCAACAUGAUUGUCAUGGCACCAUCUGAUGAAGAUGAGUUAGUGGACAUGGUAGAAACUGCUGCCAUGGUUGAUGAUCGUCCAAUUUGCUUCCGGUAUCCACGAGGUGCAAUUGUUCGGACAGACAAGUCUCUGAGUCAUGGGAUCCCCAUCGAGAUUGGAAGAGGGAGAAUUCUUGCAGAAGGUAAAGAUGUUGCUUUGCUUGGUUAUGGGUCAAUGGUUCAGAACUGCGUCAAAGCUCGGUCCCUUCUUUCAAAGCUCGGAAUUGAGGUGACUGUUGCGGAUGCAAGAUUCUGCAAACCGCUUGACAUGGGGUUACUUAGGGAGCUGUGCGAAAAUCAUGCCUUCCUGGUCACUGUUGAGGAAGGAUCCAUUGGAGGUUUCGGUUCCCAUGUCGCGCAGUUCAUUGCACUUGAUGGACGGCUUGAUGGGAGAAUAAAGUGGCGGCCGAUUGUCUUACCUGAUGCCUACAUAGAGCAUGCGUCACCAAACGAACAGCUUUCCCUUGCUGGGCUCACUGGGCAUCACAUUGCCGCGACCGUGUUGAGUCUCCUCGGCCGGACACGCGAAGCUCUUCUGUUGAUGUGCUAGGUUCCUGCUAUCAUUUCACCCUGAUUUCCCUCAAGACGGCCUCGCGCUGAUGCUGCUCGACUGAUAAGCCAGAUGUCGUAAGGAGCUCGAGCAAAGACGGCUUACUCACCAACUACCGAUUGUCCCAGAAUGCUGUAUUAAGUGUCAGCAUGCGGUACGUUCCGACCGCCAGCGUACAGCAACUCAUAUCUGAGAAGCCUUUUCAGAGAUUGUUUCUGCUGAUUUGUCUCGCACACGAGGAGCCAAAAUGAAUAGUGAAGAAACAUGGAGUCCCUCCGGUCUUUCGAGACCACCAAGUAAAGAAGUUCCUUUGAAUCGAAAGAGCUUUCUGAAGGUGAUGUAUUUGUUAAGAGACAGUACAGAACAUUUCCAAAUGCUGCUGUUAUUAUCA